UACAGAAGAAAAGGGGAGGUACACUUUCACUUUUCAAGAACAAGUUCUUUUUAGUUGCUAACUGAAGCCAGGGGAGAAACAUACCUGACUAAAUGUGCAUUUCCACUAUGGGACUGGAUACAGAUAUUAGAGAAACAGAUUUAAAGUGUUUUAAACUUAAAAGACAGCUAUUUCUCCUGACAGUUUUUUUAAAUUUUUUUCAUGUUUUCUUCUGCCAAACUGGAGGAACCUUUUCUGAUUUUUUCUUUAGUGGCAUUCAAAGGAAGACCAGAGGAUGAAAAUCUUGCACUUUCUCACUUUAUUGCUUUGGCAUUUGACUUGGUUAUAUCUGGAUUUAGUUUCUGUAGUGUUGAGUAAUUCUGAAGCAGGUCAGAGUAAUCCUGGAUCCAAAUUAGGAUUGCUAAAAGCAGAAGGAAAAGAAAGGAAUCCCUUAUCAAGGGCAGGUACCUUUAGGACUGGAACCCAUGGAUACAGUGCUGGGACAUCAAAGGCUAGAAGUAAAAGCAAUACUGUUCAAGCUGGAGCUCUCCUGUCUAAGAAGGAUGAACCAAAGAAGAUUCUCUCUAGAGCAGGGACUACAGACACAAAGGUAGGACAUUCCCCUAACAGACCAUCUGGAGUAAGGACAGUGACUCCAAAGAUUCAGAAUGUUGGCAGCAAGGCCUCACUUAAAAAAACUGGCACCCGCAAUACUGAUGCCAGUUCUUACAAAACCAAGAAGACUAAAGAGCCUCUAACACAAAGGGAAUCUAAAGAGACUUUCAGACACCCCCCUAUCACACCUCAUGAAUACAUGCUUUCCCUGUACAGGACUCUCUCAGAUGCAGAGAGAAAAGAUGUUAAUGGAAGUGUAAAAUUGGAGGCUGGACUCGCCAAUACAAUAACAAGCUUUAUAGAUAAAGGACAAGAUGAACGAGCUCCAGUCAUAAGAAAACAGAAAUAUACUUUUGACAUCAGUGCAUUAGAAAAAGAUGGUUUGUUGGGGGCAGAACUGCGGGUAUUAAGGAAAAAGCCCUCUGAUACAUGGAAGCCUCAUUCUCCUGGGAAAACUUCCCAAGUGAAAUUAUUUAGUUGCUCCACAAAUCGACAAGCAGCAACUCUCCUGGAUUCUCGCACUGUCAGCAUUGAAGAUACACCAAAAUGGGAAGUAUUCGACAUUUGGAAACUUUUUAGGAAUUUUAAAAACUUGGUUAACUUGUGUUUUGAAUUGGAAGCUUUUGACAGGGGAAGAGCUGUUGAUCUAAGGAGUGUGGGUUUUAACAGAACAGGGAGGCAAGUCAAUGAAAAGGCUCUCUUCUUGGUAUUUGGGAGGACAAAAAAAAGAGACUUGUUCUUCAAUGAAAUCAAAGCCAGAUCUGGCCAAGAUGACAAAACUGUUUAUGAAUACUUAUUCAAUCAGAGGAGGAAGAGAAGAGCUCCUCUAGCCACCCGGCAGGGGAAGAGGCCCAACAAGAAUCUGAAGGCAAGGUGUAGUAGAAAAGCUCUCCAUGUGAAUUUUAAGGAUAUGGGCUGGGAUGACUGGAUAAUAGCUCCUUUGGAAUACGAAGCUUAUCACUGUGAGGGGCUCUGUGAAUUUCCUCUUCGAUCUCACCUAGAACCCACCAAUCAUGCAGUUAUCCAAACAUUAAUGAACUCCAUGGACCCAGAAUCUACUCCUCCAACUUGCUGUGUUCCCACCAGACUGAGUCCUAUUAGCAUUCUGUUUAUAGACUCUGCUAACAAUGUAGUCUACAAACAAUAUGAAGACAUGGUAGUGGAGUCAUGUGGGUGUAGGUAGCAGCACAAUCUCUCACGUUAACACUAAAAAGAUAAUAUUGGAAAAUGAUAACCUUUUCUCAAGCAUGGGUAACUCUUUCUUACCCUUGGAGUAAAUUUAUUUACAAAGAUAAUAGAGGGGGACAAAUCUGCUAAUAGCUCUAAUAUCUCUCUGUCUAUAAAUCUCUUAUUUUAGCAGUACUUUGGUGCUGUUACACUCAAACUUAGCUUAGAAGUAUGUGAUUACUCCCAUAAUCACAAAAAAUUGUUCUCACUAAUGAUCACUUCAGAUUAUAGUAAAAUUCCACAUCCCAAAAAGAUUGGCUUUUUUUUUUAAUCCUGAAGAAAUGGAUGUACAACUGUACAUAUAUCUUUAUCUAACUUUUUUGAUCCUUUAAACAUAGCUCCUAAAACUGAGCAUGUCUGAGUGUCACUGCUACUGUUUCCAUCAUAAUGUCCAUUAAGAAAUGUUUGAAAAGAGCCCUUCUGUCCAUAAGAGAAAAGUAAUGUCUCUAUGAACUCAGAGGUUGGUGUAGUUAUACAAUGGGUGUAUCUACACAUGUGCUUAAUGGUGCAGUAGACUAAUUUACUGCAGCGUAAAACAUCACAGUCUACACAUGCAACACUAUUAAACCACAGCAACCUAAUUUUUGUUGCUGUAGGAUAGUACUCUUGGGAACAGUACUAUCUUACGGCAGCAAAAUAACCGCAUGUAAACACAUGUGUAAAUAUUGACCCAGGCGUAUAUUGUGCCUGGUCAGCCCAGGCAGCAGGGCACUGCUGCCUAGCUAUACAGCUCUGUUCUUUGGGCAUUCUCCUGCCCCAGCCACCCUCUCCACCACCCAACGCCAUGACCUGGAGCCCAGGGCUGACCCCCUUGAACCUGCUGCCAGCCCAGGGCUGCUCCAUCCCAGCUCAAACUGCUGAGGUCCCUGGUGCACGUGAAGAUGCUGCACCCAGGAGCAGUUAACUCCAGUGCCAAGUGCAUCAGAGCUUUUGUAAUCAAUUUAAUUGCACAUGUAGAUGUGCCCAGUGAUAUGAACUUUUCUGGUUAGCUCUUAAGCUAUAUGUAUAUGAAAAGGAAUCAUUACAUAGAAUACGCUGCCUUAGUUUUAAAUUGUACAUGGAGAUAGAUUAUGCAAAAGCAUAUUUGUUUCAAUGUAUGUUUUAUUACAAGCAUCAUAUCUUUCUUAAAUAGCCAACUAAUUCAUUGUUAUGUUGCAAAUUGUAUUACUCUGUAUAAGGUUCAGAAUGUUCACAAAUGCUCAUAGUAAAAUUAGUCAAUAGCAGCGUAAAAAGUUAUAAAUUAUUGACACAGCACUAUGUGGUGUCUAGAUAUCUAAAUCUGCAUAAUUAUAAUUUUAUUAAUAUCAUUUAUAUUGAAUGUUUUAUACAAUAAAAACAAUGAGAAAAGAGCAUGGGUGGCUAGAAAUGUUGA